GGGGAUGGGGGAUGGGACCAUCCGUCCCCCUCCAGCUCAUAAAAUCGAACCAGAAGAUAAAAACAUCUAAAUACAUACAUCAUCACAAUGAACCUUCGAAAGCUAAACUUUCUCAAGAAGAUGACCACUGCGAAGAAGAACACCAAGAAGAACACCAAGACGACCACCACGAAGAUGACCACAACAACAAAAGCAUCGAGCCCCCGUGACUUCAUCGAGGCAGAAAACAACUCCCAGCAAGUUGUGAUUUGGAGCAAGUCCUACUGCCCAUACUGCAAAGCAACGAAGCAGUUGUUCAACUCAAUGAAAGGAGUCGAGGUCGUUGUUCACGAACUGGACAAUAUGAAGGACGGCGCCAUGAUUCAGCAAGAGCUUCUGCACUUGACUGGUCAACGAAGUGUUCCCAACGUAUUUGUCCAAGGUCGCCAUGUUGGGGGAAAUGAUGAUACACAAGCAGCACACCAGAACGGGAGGCUUCAGGAUCUGCUCCUCAUGGAGUACACCCCUGCAAAGCUUGCAGCAAUGUGAAAAUGAGAGUUUGAUAACUGUGCCACAAAUUGAGUUGUCUAGAAACCAAGACCGGUAAAUCAACAACUAGUAAAGUAAAAGCAUUUGUUAGCUUUUUCCUCCACUACCUGGUACCUAGAACCUAGAGUUUUGGCGUUCUGGAAUACUGACCACAAACACUUGUCC